AUGUACUCUAAGGGCGGGUCGCGUCGGGACUGCUGCACUGCCGAACCUCCAGUCGCCGCGCGGCUUCGAGGCGUCUCGUUUGUUACGAGAGCUCGGGUUAGGCUCAUAGUGCCGACUCCUCUACCACCUGGCACAGCCCUUCACGUGAGCACGAGCACCCACCGGGACCUAGAAGCAGCGAGCGGGAGGGCCAUGGCAGCAAUGGGGAAGCGUGCGCGCGAGGAAGCGUGCGCAGCGGGCGAGGCAGCAAUGAGGGCGCUGCAGGAAGUGAGGAGUGAGCUGGCAGCGCUGCAGCGGGAAGUCGCAGCCGUGCGGGAGGAGGCGGUAGUGCAGAGGAGGGACGUGCAGCGGGUGGCGGGCGAGGUGGAGGAGAUGAAGAGAGAGCUGGCGGCGGUGAAGGGAGUGAUUGGCAGCAACGAGGACGAGAGCCGGGAGAUGUGGCACAAGAUCCUGGCAGCAUCGCAGGAGGUGGAGCUAGAGCUAUGUGGGGAGGCAUCGCUGACAGACGCAGUGCUGGCACACGUGGCCGGCAUGACCCGCCUCUCCACCCUCGACCUCUCUUCCUCCUCCGGCUUCACCACCCAGGGCCUUCACCACCUCUACGCCCUGCCCAGCCUCACCUUCCUUAUUCUCUGCGGCACACCAAUGGGCGGCGGGGGCGACGGGGCAGUAUCUCUCGACGGCAUUGGUGCAGCGAGCAGUCUCGAGACUUUCGUAUUGGACAACACGAGUGUGCGCGAUAGCGAUUUGGAGCCCCUCACUGCGCUCACCUCACUCACUCACCUCUCCCUGGGCAACUGCCACAACCUGACCCCGGCUCUCCUGGCCCAUGUGGGCCGGUUGACUGGACUAGAAGAGCUAUCCCUGGGCGGGUGUGGCAUGGGAGAUGAAGUGCUGCCGCUGCUGACCUUCCUGCCCCACCUCAGCUCGCUCGCCAUGCCGCGUGGGGUCACCGAUGCCGGUCUGCAGCACCUGGCCGCGCUGCCGCUGCUGCAGCAGCUUUCGCUGUGUGGCUGCCAGGACGUCACCUCUGCUGGCAUGCUGCAUGUGGGGCGCCUCACCAGCCUGCGAGGGCUCUCUCUCCCCUACACCCACGUGACAAACGAAGGCUUGCAGCACCUCACCUCGCUCACCGACCUCGUGUCACUCGUGUUGCCGCCUGGGACCCAUCGCGUGCUUCCUCUACUCCCCCUGCUGCUGCUCACCUGCUACUGCCCGCGCUGCACGCUGGUGGCGGCGCGCCGAAUACAAACAGCAGACUUCAAGGUGUUAUCGGCGGUGGUGGCGGCGUGGGGCAGCUUUGAGGACGGCAAGUCGUGGUCGCCCAACAGCGACUGCUCCACCGUGCAGGGCGUCACAUGCGACCCCGAUGGCUACGUCACCUCCCUAGCCACGUCAGGCAACGCGUUUUGGAAGCCCAUUCCGGACGUUGUCAGUGGGCUGCAGCACCUCACUUACCUAGCCAUCACGUCGAGUCAUCUGGUGGGGUCGCUGCCAACAGCCAUCUUCAACCUGCCACUGCUGCGCGGCAUCAAGCUGACCGUGAAUCAUCUCAACGGCUCCAUACCAGAUGACAUCAGCAAGCUCUCAGCCCUCACCUACCUGUAUCUGGCACAGAACCGCCUGAGUGGGUCGCUGCCCGAGUCCCUGUCAAACCUCAGCCAGCUCGUCUCAGUGAGCCUUGGAAUGAACGGGUUCACGGGGAGCAUCCCAUCCGCCUUGAGCACCAUGUCAAACCUCGAGGGCCUCUACAUACACAAUAACAACUUUCUUGGCGGUGUUCCUGAUUGGCUCUCCACAAUCCCAAGCCUAAAGAGCAUGUGUGGAGUCACGAGCAUCGACAUGCAGCAGAACGCAUUGAACGGCACCAUUCCGGCCUCUCUCAGUCGCAUGACGCAACUCACCAAGCUCAGCCUAGCGGUGAACUUCAUCGAAGGGUCUAUUCCAGAGGAGCUAGGCAACCUGGUGAACUUGCAGACGCUCAUUCUUGAGACCAACUAUCUGAGCGGCACCAUCCCUGCCUCUCUGGGGGCUCUCACGAAUCUCCUUGACUUGGAGCUGGCAUGGACAGACAUCACUGGGACCCUACCCUCCUCUAUUGGGACCCUGACUCGUCUUAACAUCUUGUACCUGGAGGGCAUGGAGCUCACAGGCACGGUCCCCCGAUCAUUCUCCAACCUUCAAAACCUCGGUUUCUUAUAUCUGAACAGGAACCACCUCUCUGGCGAUGUGUACGGCAUCACAAGCAACAUGACCAGGCUCGUCACGCUCGACGUGUCAAGCAACCAGUUCACAGGGCGGCUGCCAUCGCCCCCGUCGCCCUACCUGCAGUUCUACUACGCCCACCGCAACUUCUUCUCCCACGGCGCCGUCAUACCGCCCAAGGCCAACCGCACCUUCUUUGGCAACGCCUUUGAGAACUGCCUGCUCAACGCGUCCCGGAUUACUGGAGACUACCCCGAGCAGAGGAGUGCAGAGGAGUGUGCUGCGUUCUGUGGGCUUGCUGCUGGGGACACCAAGCCCCUGUGCAGCGGGCAUGGCGUGUGCUCCUUCAAUGCGUCUGUGCAGGAAUCAGCAUGCACGUGCGAUAGCAACUUUGACAACCAGGCUGGCCCCCACUCCUGCACCUACAGCGUGGCCGUGGCAGGAGCAGCAGCACAGCUGUUCAACGGCACCAUCAUCCUCACGCCUCCCACCACCAACACCUCAGGAGCAGCCGCCGUGCACACGCCCAUCCGCCUCUUCCAUUUCAUCGACAGCCCAGGCCCGUGCGGCACGCCCUUUGCCUUCAACGCCUCAUUUAGCUUCGCCAUGAAGCCUGCAGCAGCCCAGGACAUGGGGGGUGAUGGGCUGGCGUUUGUUGUCAGUGCAGCCGCACCGCAGGGCGCUGGUGCAGCGGGGGUGGGGCUGGGAGGGGUGGGGAAGCGGAGUGUGGCGGUGGAGUUUGACUCGGUGCUGAGUGUGAAGCACAGCGACCCCAACGACAACCAUGUGGGCGUCAAUGUGGGCGGCUCACCUGUGUCCCUCGCCUCUGCCACGGCCCCUCUCAUCCUCAACGACGCCCACACCAAGCACGCCUGGAUCCACUACCACCCCACCAGCGGCGGCACCCUCCGAGUCUACCUCUCCUCCGACCCCGACCAGCCCCCCACCCCCAUCUUGCGCGCUCGAGUGUCGCUCUGCUCCAUCCUGCAGCCCAGUGCUGCGGAGACCAACUUCUUCUUUGGCUUUGCCGCCUCGACAACGGAUAAGGCCCAAGAGAAUGUGAUCUUGAAGUGGGAGGUCGUGACAGGUUUGCCUCCUCGACUUCCUCCCAACCCGCAAGACCUGGCGUUGGGGUUUGUGUUGGACGAGGACUCCUUCUCACCGCAGGGCUUCAACUCCUUCCACUACGCCAGCUCGGGAUUUGAGCCCGCGCAGGAGAACAGCCCCUCGUGGAAUGUCAAGACCUACACCAUCUGGCGCUUUUCUGAGUCCAUCUGGCCUGUCAAGAACCAAAGGGGCUGCGCGGACUCAUGGGCAUACGCAGUAGUGGCGGCGGUGGAGGCAGCCUACGGCAUCGCGAGCAACUGGACUCAGCCCCCCGUGCUGUCGGUGGAGCAUCUGCGCCUCGCCCUCUCCUCCAACUGCGACGGUGGCUCGCCCACCAAAGGGCUGCAGUUCCUCCUCACUGCCAGUGCACAGGGCAAGGGGCUGCUGGAGGAGACCACAUAUGCUGCUUCCACCAAGGCAAUACGCUCUCUAGGACGCAAAGCAGCUGGAAAGCCCGUCAUCAAGUACUAUGGCGUUCAGGGCAUCGAGCGCACGGGGUUCUACGGGUGGUUUGGGCUCAUGCUGGCAGUGCAGCGCCAGCCUGUCAUUGUGCACAUCGAGGCGUCCGCACCCUCCUUCCAAGACUACGAUGGGAACGACGUAUACGCUGACGAGGGUUGUUUCACGGAGCAUCUAAACCACGUGGUGCUGGUGGUGGGCUAUCUGGUGGCUGGCAUCGAAUCCGCCAAGCCCGACCUGCCGCCGCCCUUCUGGAUCAUCCGCAACUCAUGGGGCACAGCCUGGGGCGACCAGGGCCACAUGCGCAUGGACAUUCGCAGUGGCGACGGCAUCUGCGGCAUCAACACUCUCCCGGGACUCGUCCCAAUCGUCAGAAAUCCGGCCGACCCCUGUGGGCAGCAAUCCUACAAGCACGGCGAUCUAAACCCCGUCUUCAACCCGUGUGGCCAGUUCAGCUGCAUCAAGAAAAAAACUAGCAAUCGCUGCACCUGCUCCGAUGCCCGCUUCGCUGAAGUCAAGAACACCGAUGGCUCGUACACCUGUGCCUAUGUGGACGUGUGUGGGUCCAGCACUCGCAACCCGUGUGUGGUGGGCACGUGUGUGAACGAUGGCAGGGGCAGCUACUCCUGUGUGUGCCCCAGGGGCUUCAUCCAAGGCACGAUGAUCGGUGGAGGCUUCUCCUGCACUCCUGGUCAGGCGCAGGGUACGUACACGGUGGUAGCAGGCAACGUCAUGUGCUCGCACAUCACAGCUGUCUUCGGCAUGCCGCAGCCAGACCUGUUGAAGCAGGGAGUGUCAUGCGCCAAGCCUCUGCCCAUCGGAAAGACUCUCUCUGUGGUGUUCAACAUACGGGACUGCAGUGUCUUCUACAGCACCAAUGCUGGCGACACGUGCACGGGGGUGGCGCGGCAGGUGGAGCUGUGUGGGGCAGCGGCUUCGGAUGCGGCGUGUGAGGCGGCAUUUCAGGCGCUCAACCCCGCUGUGGACUGCUCCUCCCUCAGGCCCUCCCAGGCCGUGUGCCUCGAGAGGGACCCCGGGGUGGCGAACCGCAUUCCGGUGUGUGAGGAGUACUACCGACCGCAGGCAAGCGACACGUGCGAGAGCAUUAUAGACUCGGCGGCCCCUCCUCUGGGCGCCAAGGAGCUGUACCGCCUCAACCCUGGCAUCAACUGCAACCAGCUCAUUCCAGCAAAGGAGUACAACUUCCAAUGGCCCCUUGAACGCGAG